CCCUGCUUGGCAUCAGCAGGGAGAGGCCUGGGGUUGUGAGUCUUGUGAUGACCCGUGGGGUAUAGAGGGGAGCGCUGACCGCUCUCCUUCUGGAGUCAUUGCGCUGGGAUAAAGAAUCUACAAUGAAUGCAGUAACAUAAAGCCUGGCUCGCACCCCUAUGAGGGAUUUAAACAUGGAGAAGCACUCACAAGGAAAUGCAGCAAACACAAUAAAAACCGCUUCUAGUCAUAGUGGCGAUGUGGACACAUGGAAAACAUUUCUUUAUGCCAGGGAACAGUUGCAGGGAACAGUAGAGAACAAAAUGGAACAGGAAACCCCAAUAUGACAUCAGGGAGAUGUGCAAACAAACAAUUUAAUGUGCAGAAUUGGUUACAAGACUUAAAUUCUGGUGAGUUUGAUCUAUCUCAGGACUACUUUGAAAAAGCAGAUCUAUGGACUAAAGAAUUUAUUUCUAGAGAGGUGUCUGAAGAAGAUUUAGCAGGUGGAUUAAGUGAGAAGGUAAACUGACAAAUGCAAGAAAACACGGGAUCUGUUGGUUGUGAAUCACCACUACUUGUGCAAUCUGACUGUGGAUGUGCCAUGGAAAACUUAGAUCCACCUGGUGCCACAUACUCUGAAAUUGGAGAUCGUACCUGUAGCCGAGGGUGUCACCAUUUCUCUUCAUACCAGCAGAGGCCAUUGGAUGGGGAGGGAGAAUAUUUAGGCUCUGAUAGACCAUUUGAAACAGAGGAUGAUUCUUUGAAAGUAACUAGUGGAAGAAAGGGAGGUAGUAGGGGGAAAAAUCGUAUAAGUACAAAGGAGGAGAUCAGAAGGGAUGGCCGCAGUCCUCAUUCUGUUGGUGGAAAGCACAAAACUGGACGUAAAAAGGGCCAGGGUGAAGAUAGACAACCGCUGAAAACCAUGCUUCCACAGUUCUUGGUCCAUGCUUCUACAUUUUUUGUCAACUUUCUUAUAGGUCUUGUGCAUUGGAUUGGUGAGAAUGUUGAAACAUUGGGCACACUUUUGUACAUCAAGGUGUGGCUCCCAGCUCAUGAUCUAGGCCAUUUAAAAAUACAAAUGCAGUCUUUUGGUCAAUGGACACAACAUUUUGCUAAAAAAUCCUGGAUAUUGACUUGUUCUUUUGGACUGUGGCUUCUCCGUAUGCUAAAAAUGUUGCGUGCCGUACUCUUCCUGAUUUUUAUGCUUGCAGUGGGCUGUGCUCAGCUUUGUUGGCAGUACAUAAAGAGAGCAUUGAGCAGAGUGGGAGGGGACAGUAAAUGGGGAACACAGAUCAUGUUGACACUGCAGAGGAUAUGGGUGAUGGCAACAAAAAACAGGACUUGUAGUAUUCUUUUAAAUCAACUUAAGAAAUGGACAGCAAAAAUAAGGACAGAUAAAGGGAGAUCUUGGACAUCAGCAGGGUCUACAAGUACAAGAUCUAACAGAUAUCAGCCAGGGGAGGAAGUGGAGCGUCUGCUGACUAUGGCUGAUAUACCAGAAGAAGAGUUAAAUCCAUUUCAGGUGUUGGGUGUAGAAAUGAAUGCUUCUGAGGCAGAACUCAAAAAGGCAUAUCGACAGCUGGCUGUGCUUGUUCAUCCAGACAAGAAUAAUCACCCCCGAGCAGAAGAAGCCUUUAAGGUUUUGAGAGCUGCAUGGGAUACAGUGAGCAAUCCAGAAAAGCGCAAAGAGUAUGAAAUGAAGCGGAUGUCAGAAACCGAGCUGGCAAAGUCUGUGAAUGAGUUCCUUACAAAGCUGCAGGAUGACCUGAAGGAGGCCAUGAACAGCAUGAUGUGUAGCAAAUGUCAGGGGAAACACAGGAGGUUUGAAAUGGACAGGGACCCUGCAAAUGCCCGUUACUGUGCUGAAUGUGGAAAGAUGCAUCCAGCAGAAGAGGGUGACUUCUGGGCUGAGUCCAGCAUGCUUGGGUUUAAAAUCACUUACUUUGCAAUGAUGCAAGGCAAAGUGUUUGACAUUACAGAAUGGGCUGGAUGCCAGCAAGUGAGGAUCUCUCCGGAUACUCAUCGUGUUCCUUAUCACAUCUAAUUUGGUUCCAGAAAUACCACAAACCCAGGACGACAAAGGGCUCCCCCAGAAAGCAGUCCAACAUCUGUUGCUGAUCUGCAAAAUCUCUUGAACAGAAUAUUCCAAGGUUCUCCAGGUCCAAUGCCAGGUCCAAUGCCCAAUGGGAACAUCUUUAAUUCACCCCAGCCUUCUUCACAAGGAGCUCAGUCUUCUCCUGGACCAGCUAAAACUCAAACUGCACCCAGGAGUGAUACAAAGCCCAAAAGGAAAAAGAAAUUGAAACGUCCUUUACAAAGAUGAACAAGGACUUGCCCAAAUGCUUAAAACUAAUCUAUGUGCAGGCCAGAGUGAGAGGGAUAUAACAUCUCUAAUUCAUAACCUGGAGACUGCUAGCUUGUCUCAUGUCCACUGCAGAAUGCAGGCUAGAACAAAGUUGCCAAGGGCUUUCAGAAACCGGUUUAAGUCUGUUGUUUUUAUGUUUUUGUUGUGUAUGACUAAUUUUAUCUCUAAAGUUUUAUCCUCAUUGUUAUAUAGGGCACUGCAUUGCAACCCCUAAAAUAAGAUUUCUUUUUUUUUCUGACAGUAAUUUUGUCUUUUCCAUUAUACCAAAGAUAUAUUCAGUAAUGGGUAUAUGGGAAUACCUCUGUGCAUGCUAGGUCACCAAGCUGGUGUGCCAGGGAAUUCUCGAAUGUAAGCAAACAGUACAAUUUAAGGUCUAAACUUGGUAUAAUUAUGUAAUAUUACUACUGUGCUACUGGAUGUGGUGUAAUGGAAGUGAAGGUUAUACCAUUAAUGUUUUUAUUAGAAUUUUUAAGUGUUGGACAAAGUAAAAAUAGCAAAAGGGCAAAA